GUGUUUGCACGAAUGGCCGUCGUGUCAGCGCCGCGAGAGCCCAUGGCGCGACAUCGAGCAGCACAUGGCGAUGGGCCUCGCAGAGGUCGGGUCGCCUACACCACCACCCGUGGUCCAAAGUUACUGGCGCCACCCUCCUGGUGCGCCAGGAUGUCAACUCGUACUCGCGGCCCUGAUCCUGGCACUCGUCGGCCGGACGGGCAUCGGCCGAGGCGUCGACGGCAGAGCCAUCAACUCUUUCGCGGGCCCUUACAUACUUCACGCCGACCUCUUUUACAUGUGUGAACCACCCAAUCGCCAGUUGCCGUGGAGAUGGUUUUUCCGCACUUCUCACUACAACCCACGUACGCCAAAAGAAUUGCAGCGACUGACUGGUAACGUGACGUCUGUAAAUAUAACUACUGAUGACAGCGUAUGGAUGAGAAUAUUUUUAGAUAUUUGGUCAAACAAUCAAUGGAAGGAAAACGCCUUUGUUGUCUUUUUUAAAGACAAGGCAUGCACGAAUCUUAAAGUCCAUCUUCCUGGGUUUUACAAGAAUGUCUAUGCGAAGCAAUUAGGUAAUCGCGGAUGCAUAAUGAAACCUGGAGUUUACGCGGCUAACAAUGUUCCAAUCGACUGGAGCGUUCCAAAAGUCCCAGUUAUGCCUUAUGGCCGCUACAAGUCCCGACUCUCGACUGGCAAAGCUGACGACCAAUACUCGUGCUGGGUGAUGGAAUUUGUGAUAUCUCCUAAACUCGAGUAACACCACAACGCCGUGGUGAAAAAUGUUUCUACAGUGUCGAAACAUUGUCGUUACAUUGAUACUACUUAUCGUCUGAGGUCCCACUUCUGUAGGUGAUCGUUAACGUUCGAGAGCGAUACCCCGAACGAUAACUAUGUUGUAACAUCGCACUGCUCUCGUGUCCGUUUACAGAUAACAAAAUAUUUGGCAGCGGGUUUGGGUCCUUCACUACAAAUUCUAGCAUACGCCUAUUUUUUUUACUUUUCCUUGAUUUGUCUUGGUUGACCUAAUUUUGCUAAUGUUCUCUAAAUUUAAAAAAAUUCUGAUUUUUAAA